AAUACUCUCAAACACAUUAAUAGCAGCAGCAAUAUAUUAUUGUCGUAUAUUAAUUACAAUUAAUUAGACAAAUUAUAGACGAAGACAAUGAGGAUCACUGCAAUAGCAGCGGCGGCCGCCAUAAUUGUCGGCGUACUCUUGGUGGCGGCGCCGCCGAGCCAGGCGGCGGAGAAUUGCCGGCAGGUUAACGCCGCCCUGGCGCCGUGCGUAAGAUACCUUAUAGGCCACGGCGGCAGCGCCCCAUCUCCGGCGUGCUGUUCCGGCGUCCGAGCCGUUAAAGAAAUGGCGGCGGCCGACAAGAGGGGCUGCUGCCGCUGCAUUAAGGCGGUCGCCGACCGUUAUCCGAACAUGAAGGAUGACGUGGCGCUCGGCCUUCCCGCCAAGUGCGGCGUCGAAACGGACAUCCCUAUCUCACGUGCCAUGGACUGCGAGAGGAUCAAUUAGAGAUUUAUCGAGAAAUCUCAUUUAAAUAAAUACAUGUUGACAAUGAACGUUCGGUCAUGCAAUAAAAUAAUUCCAUCCGGUUGUUACGUAAGAAAUGUGACUAUGCGGACUUAAUAUUUUCUAUUCUAUUCGUCUCA